GGCUGAUUUACCUCUUCCGCAUUUGCCCGUCACUCCUUUACAUGCCUAAACCUGCGUUCGUCGCCAGAGAAUUUUCUCAUGCCACAGCUCUGCCAGGACGACUUGUGAACAAUGCCUCCGGACGGUCAAGAUCAGGCCAUGGCGUCUAAUAAUGCCCAAAUCGUCCCUGUCGAGUCAAAGCCAAAACACAGUUGGCGAUUUUGGGCCAUCUUCCCUGGCCUAUGCUUUGCCAUCUUGCUUGCCGGCCUCGAUACUUCGAUCGUCGCAACAUCGCUGCCAACUAUAUCUGCCGACCUCAAUUCAGGAGCCUUGUAUAUAUGGAUCAUCAAUGGUUAUUUCCUGGCGACGGCUGCGGUACAGCCCCUCUUCGGUCAAGCCUCGGACAUCUUUGGACGCCGCAUCCCCAUGCUUGUGUCCAUCUCCCUCUUCACACUCGGCAGCGGACUCUGCGGCGGAGCCAAAGAUACCCCAAUGUUAAUUGCCGCUCGACUAGUACAGGGAAUUGGAGGAGGCGGUUUGUUCGUCAUGGUUGACAUUAUCGUGGCAGAUCUGGUCGCUCUGCGCGAUAGGCAAAAAUACAUGUCCGUUAUAAUGGCCACAUUCGCUUUGGGUACCUUCAUUGGGCCCAUUAUUGGUGGCGUUAUUGUCACGGAUAUCUCGUGGCGCUGGGUGUUUUACAUCAAUCUGCCGAUCGGUGGAACAGCCUUGUUGCUCGUCUUUCUGUUCCUCCGCGUUCAUUAUAAGCGUGAAGGCACGCUGCUCGCCCGUCUAAGACGUGUCGAUUUGCCCGGAAAUGCGCUCUUGAUGAGCGCUGUCGUGUCAAUUCUGAUUGCUCUAACUUGGGGCGGUACACUUUAUGCAUGGGAUUCAUACAAUGUUCUUGUUCCGCUCCUAAUUGGAGUCGCAGGACUUGUGCUAUUCUAUUUCCACCAGAAAUACCUAGCGGUCGAGGCGACGAUGCCUAUCCGAGUCUAUAGCAACAGUGUUUCGCUGCUUGCUUACAUACUAACAUUCCUCCAUGGCAUUGAGAUGAGCUGGCUCAGUUUCUUCCUCCCAGUCUACUUCCAGGUUCUUCUCGAGGCCAGUCCCCUCAAAUCUGGCGUGAACUUGCUAGCAAUUGUGAUUCCCUUGAUGCCAGCUGGCAUAGCCGGGGGGUUAACGAUCGCCAAAACUGGCCGUUAUAAGCCAACAAUGGUGGCAGGCUACGCCCUGCUUUCCAUUGGUGUCGGCUGUCUCACGAUCCUGGAUUCGCAUUCGUCCACAGCAAAAUGGGUCAUCUUUCAGAUAAUUGCUGGUGUUGGCGGAGGACUGGCCUUAACGGCAACAUUGCCAGCUGUGCAGGCGCCACUGGCGGAAUCUGAUGUUGCUGUCGCUACAGCGUCCUGGGCUUUUGUACGCAGCUUCGGCUCCAUCUGGGGCGCGGCCAUCCCGUCGGCUGUAUUCAACUCUCGCGUCGACAAUCUUCUCGAUACAAUAAGUGACCCGGCGACCCGAGAAAUCAUGAAGCGAGGCGGCGCAUAUCAGCACGCGACGGCAGACUUCAUGUCUUCUUUCAAUGGCACGCUGAAACAAGAGCUAGUUCACGUAUAUACUGAGGGCAUCAAGGAAUCGUGGCAGGUGCUUAUAGCAUUUGCUGUUGUCGCCGUCCCUAUCGCUUUAUUCAUCCGUGAGGUCCCUCUUCGACAAGAAUUAGUCACGGAAUUUGGACUCGACGAAUCUGAGAAGAAAGAAGGCUCCGGCAACGAUGAAACGGAGUUGGUGACGGGACCGGUCACCCGCGAAUAAAAGUACCUUAUAUCGGACCUAGGACACCAAACACAUCUCCACUCAUCUAACGAUUAACUCUAGCCCUAUGGCUUAAUACGUCGCUCAAUAUCAAAACAGAGAUUGCUCUUUAUGGCUAUCUGUCGAAUAUUGAGAGACCUACUACAACAUUUCUCCUCUUAGUUGUCACUGGUCAAGAGAAUGAUGAUUUCAUCGAUAUCAUAAAUGAAAAGGAACAAAGUUCAUUAGCAUGUUUACAAAGUAAGACAGUGUAAGAUAGCAUGAAGGAAAAUAAUAUGUAUAUGAUGUCCAUCGCUAGCAGAGCAUUGUGUUCUCCCCCGAUGUCCAAUUUGGUGCAAUUGGAAUUAAAAGAUUUGUACCUGUUAUCAAAAUUAGUCCCUUUGCACAUAUCUAGUUCUUAGUCUUCACAGAUUACCUGUCUUAGCUACAAGGUAGUUCCUUAGCCAUUAACAUUUGAUAGCAAAGGGCUGG